UCCAAAAUAGAUUUUUUUUGCCACGACUUCCACAAAUGUCAUUCCCUCAUGAAAACUAUGGCAUUUGCAAAAAUGUUCACCAUAUAUUAAAAAUUAUUUGUGUGUCAUUGAAAAUUGCUCACCACAUUUCUGAAAAACAUUUAUAGUACAGAAAGAGAGAAAAAAAUAAGGGAAAGAACACCAUUGGAGCACCCCAUCCGUACGUUUUCUUUUUGAUUUGCGACUGCUCUUUUCUUUCGAGUUGGGCCGGCCCAUUUCAGGGGUAGGCUCGGGAAAAAUACAAAGAAAAGACAACAGAAAAAACAUAGACAAACCCUUAGAUGUUAGCCCAGACAAACCCUAACUCCCAACGAGGUGAAAUCGGAAUCAAUCGAGCCAAACCAAAUCUCAGAUUCGCAAAUUAUCAGCGAAGCAUGGCUGUAAUGUCGAAGGACAUCGGAGGGCCGCCGCCGGCCGCCGUGGCUGAAACGGGCAACCGCCCGGCGGAGUCGCCCCAGCACGAUACCGUCGGCAAGAAAGCUGACGGCGGCGAGGUCGACAACUUGUCCCCCGUGGGCCGUGGAGGACAUCCAGGAAGAGAUCGACGGAUUAGAAUCGUCGACGGUCGAAAUGGAAUAAGACGGCGCUCAGAAAUCGCUCUCUGUCGAGGUGGACCAGGCUGGCGAAGGUACGGACAAGGAGGAGACCACCGCAGAGUUGGCCCAAGCCGCCGCCGGAGUCGGCUCUCGUUGCAAGAACUUCGACCCGCUGAAGGGAAUGAUUGCGGAUAAGUCUGAGUGCAGCGGAGAGGGGCUGCCUGGCGCCACCGCGGAAGCUACAGCCAGCAGAGCGCGCGGGCAGGGAUUGACUCUGGAUGACGAGACUGCCUGCGGCACUCCGGCGGGGUCAGCUAGCGACGCCGAGCGCAUUGAAGCGCCAGCCAAGCUCGAGGCAAAUCCUCACAUCACCAUAGUAAUUGCUGAAACGGGUUCCGAAAGCACUGAAUCACUGAAAGGGGUUGACAAUGCAGACGUCUUCAUAAAAAUCGACACAGACUCUCAUGGCAUGGGGCUGGCAGCCAUGGUGGAAACAGAGAAUGGAGCUUCUUUGUCCACCAAGUCUCAGCCGGGGACUGAACAGCCGCCCCCGCCUGUCCCUAUAGUCUCGCACCACCGUGGCACUUGCCAGGAGCUGAUGAAAGUUACCAGUAGAGUGGAUGCAGAACGUAAGUUGAAAGAGACCGAGCUGUCGAACAUUCAGAAGCACACAAGUGACCGUGACAUUGGCAGAGGUCGUCAGGACACAGGCACCAGCAACAGAACUCAUUUCUCACACAGCUAUUCUGGGGAGUGCUCGACUUCUGGAUCAUUUAGGGACAUAGUUGAUGAAGAGAGGGAAGAGAUUGAGCCCCAUGAGUUACAAAUUCAGACGAGUGAAAUAAGAGAGAAGCCUGGGAAUCUGAUGAGGAAAGAAUGGGAAGAGCAGAAGCUAAGAAGGAUUAAAUAUAUGCUGCAAGCUUCAUUUGAAGGACGCGCCAGCAGGAGAAAGUGGAAAAUGUGGCGAAGUUUGGGAGUGACCACCGCCGUGUGAGGGGUAACUGCCGUAUUGCUCUACUUGCUCUCGCUCUUCCUUGACAAAGAGAAAGGAUCAGAAGAAACACCUUUGUGCAGCGGGGCAAUGGAGGCCGAGCCCCCUGCCCCUCCGGAGGCCAGGAGGAGAAGUGAAUGGAUAGCUUGGGCAUUGCAAAAGGUCCUGGCUCCGGUGAUUCUUGUUGGUGUACUGUCCAUGGUACGAAAGCUUGUGAUCAAGAAGGAACUUGACAUCAUGGACUAUGAGAACAACGCCGCUGCCAACUUUUGGAUCAAUUCUUUGUCAAAGGCGGUGUUUUUCGCCGUCAAGGAGUGCCCCAAGCUGCUGAGGCGUGAACUGUGGGCCCGAAUUCUCGUUGGGUCACUGGAAUCGGGGGUACUACGAACCUGACGUGCCCGAUGCAUAAGCGGUAAUGAAACACUAGGAUAUCUGUUUGUUUACUGCUUACAUAUGUGGUAUGUGUAGACAAGAUAACGUUUUGCAUGAGCAGAAACGGUGAUGAAGUUACAUAGUAUGUGGUAUAUAAUUCUUCAAUCUGUUA